AUGCCUCCAGCGGCCUCCUCGCGUGGGAAAGAACCCAAAGCCCCCACGAUCGGCAGUUUGUAUGACAAAUUAAACUAUGGCAACCGCAUAUGCGAGCGCCGUCCCGAGCGCAAAGGUAUGCUAAGGAAUAGCAUCAGGACAUUUGAUGCGAGCCAUGGCCACAAGUACCUAAAGCCUCGCUCUGUCAAUGAUCUCAAUACGAAAGUGUACAAGGACUCCAUUUCACAGAUCGCAAGUGAUUUCUUAAAAGCGGAAGGGCCAAGGCUUUGGCCAAAUGAUCAUAGUGAUACCGGGCUAUAUGAGGGGACUCUUGUCUGGCCGGAGGAUAAGGAUAAGCUCCAAGAUUUAAUGUCACAAGUGUUCCUUAAGAAGCGCAUUCUUAAGCUGAGGAAUGACAGAACGAGGAAGCCGCGGAGUGGUCAUAGGCCUCGGGGCGCAGGUUCCUCAACGAUGGAGAUUGAUGAAGAUGAACCCGAUAACACACCAGUGACACCACGUCGACGCUCCCGAAUGUCUCAACAACUCCAGCUCCCCGGAACUGCUCAAACUACUCCGCAAUCCGCCACCACGCAUCCAGCCACGGUGGAGGGGGAUGAUCCUUUUGCUUCUGGAGGGGAAGAUGCCGAGGCAACUCAGAGACGUGGCGGAGGUCGCCCAACACAGCCACUCCCCAGGGCGGCCCCUUCAACAACUUCGAUCGCUCCAGAGAGACCUGCUAGCACGGGCCAUUCUCCAUUGGGAGCCACAUCUUCUCGUUCCAACGUGGACGGUCGCAAUACUGCCAGCAGUCUUACGGAAGGAAAUCUACACGUUCACAAUAGUGGUGCUCCUUCACUGAACAAUUCGCACAGCAGGGAGGUUGAUGUUACAUCGGAUGAUGAUGACUUUAUGCCCCCCUUCGAAGAGAUCUUUUCAAGCCCUGAUAGAGGACAAAGCAGCAGAAAGGGCAAAGAGAAGGAGACAGAAAAGGAGACAGAAAAGGAGACGCGAAAAGAGAUGCCUCCUCCACGGCUACCUGCUGAGCGAGCGGGUCCAGUUACGGACCCAGACCAGGGCAAUCAACAGAGCUGGUCAAGACCAGGUGCAUCGUCCAUGUCUCGGUUCCCCAGCCUGCAACGAGGGACCUCAGUCUUCUCAACACUUGAUUUAGGCCGCUCUCCUAGUCUACGACCUCGAGCACCGGAAGCCUCUAUGGAGGGUGUGAUAGAUGAAGUGACUCGCCCUUCUGUCGAAACUGAUGACCUGCAACAUAUGAAUGAGGGUCAAGGUGAUGGAGUCACAAGAAGAAAAUCCCCUUUGGAGCCGGAAAUAUGGUUUCGAGCCAUUGUCUCGCGCAAGCCUCCCGUUGAAGAGUCAUGGAAGCCUAAUGGGAAGUUCUCUGACAAAACACUUGCAGAAUUAAAGAAGGAGCUUCCUUUCAACUUUGAUGAUAGGGAUGUGGUGGGAUUGAAAUUUACACUGAAGAGUCACGAAGGGAUGAGGAUAGUGGAAACAAUUGACCAUAACAAUAGACACGACCUACAGCAUCUCAAACGUGUUUUCGCAGAGAGAAUCAGGGAAGCGAUGAAAGAGGGCAUUGGGAGAGAUAGAGGUCCUGUCACUUUUGAUAUGGAAAUUGAGACAGUUAAAUGCAGCCAAGCAAGGACUGUCGGUAGGGAGGAGUCAUUGGCGCCAUUAUUGUGGUAG